AUGUCUGUGCUCCCGGUGAAACCCGCCCUGCGUCAUGGUGUCCCAGCCUGGACCAGUAACAACCAGGAGUUAUCCAGCACCGCGCAACAUGAACGCCAUGUGUCCCAUCUGAUCAGACAGGAGGGCCGGGCAUUGCGUAAUGAGACCACCUGUCAGACAAACUGGGAUGAGACAGACACAAAUCAGCGACUCAGUGACCGGAUAUGGGAUGUGACUCAGUGGAGAGACGCUCUGGACCUCUGUGCAAAGAAAGUCGACGAAGAGAUGGACGCCCUGACACUGUGUAAAGAGCAGAUGGAGCAGGCUCUGGCCUCCACCGUGGUUCCUCUGGAGGUGGGGACUGAAUGUCUGACCUUGAGGGAGGGGCGGACUGGGUAUGAGCUCAUCCUAGACCCUGUAGACCAAGAGCUGAAAACUGAAGUUGCUCUGAUCCAAAGAGUACAGCAGACUCUACAGCAGCUCAUAGACAAGGCCUUUGAGCAUCUGUGUGUUUUACAAGAGAAUCGUCAGCAGCUCACAGCGGACCUCCAAAACAAGAUGGAUGCCCUGGACAUUGACAUGACCUGUCUGUCUCUCACAAGAAAGUCCCCCCAAAUAUCACUCAAGCCCAACCCCAUCAGGAUCCCCUCUGGGUCCUGUACCCCUCAGGAGUGGCUGCAGUUCAGUCAGUACAAUGUUGCUCGAUCGGGGGAGGCCAUGCACCUGUCCCAGCAAAUGCGAGAGGAGAUGAAACUGACACGCGCACAGCUUCAAAAUGAGUUGGAUAAACAGCGCAGUGCCACUGAGUUUGCCCUCCGAAAACGCACCCAUCAGGAAGAACAAGCCCGGGACGAGCUGGAGUGGCAAAUCAGAAAUACUGAGAAUGAGAUGUCUGAUAUGGAGGGGGACAUAAAGGGACUGGAUGCAGAUUUACAGGCGAAAACUGCGUCCCUGAAACUGGCCCACACUCGACUGGAGAACAGGACCCAGAGACCCGGGAUGGACCUGUGCAGAGACGAGGUCCAGCAUGGACUCAUUUAUGAAGUCCAUCAGCUGGAAUCAACGAUCGUGUCUCUCAAACAGAAACUCACAGAAGCACAAAACUCUCUGCAGAGGUGUAAGUUGCACCACAGCCGGAUGUUGCAGGACCUGUCCCGUAAACAGCAGGCCUUGUCUCUGGAGCAGCGUAGCCUAAACACCAGGACUCGCCUCCUCACCCCCCUCCAAAACACAGACAGACCCCCUGUGCCCCUCGUCCCACUCACCAACUCCAGCGGGAGGAGCCACCUGCAGCUGCUGGCUCAGUAG